CUAAUGGAACCCGCUAUCCUUGAUCAAAAAUCUGUUGCAGAUCAGUGCUGUUUACAGGACUCUAAAAUCACUAUUCCCUAUAACUCUGAAGCAAAAGAAUUGACAAUUUCGUGCCAGGUGUAUAUUCCUGAGAGAAACAGAGAUGAUCUCAAGCCUUUGAUCUGAUUCUCACAUCAAGAUAUUUCUCACAAGAUACAAGUAUUUCUGAGUCAUGGUAACUCAUUGACCUUUAAAAUUUUCUCUGAUGAACCCAAAGAUUAUGAUCCAGAGAAUACCUUAUUUUUCAAAGAUACUGAGGAUUAUUUACAUCCAGAUCAUUUUAACAGCUUGCAAAUAUCUUUGGAAGCAAAAGAGUCCAAGAUACUUGAAGUUACACUUAAGGUUAAUGAAUCAUUAAACACUCAAUGCUUGAAUGCUCCAGAAGAUACAUUCCUUUUAUUGAAGUGUUGUGAGGUUCACCUCCAAUCAUUCCAAUAUCAAUGCUUCUCUUUAAAGCCACUUGAACCGGUAGAUCCGGUUCAAGGACAGAUAUGACAGUCUCAUCGACAAGCUCCACAUAAUAACUACUCUAUGGCUAAUUUUGAUCCAGAGCACUUUAGCCAUCAGGUGACUUCUGUCCCUUAUAUCCCUAGAAAAGAAGCAGAAACUCUAGAGGGAGGCGAAGCAGUCACUGGAAAGAGAAAGGUCCUAGUUUGUCAUGACAUUCCUAAAGGAAUCAACGAGGAUGAUAUCUGCUUUAACAACUUCAAUCGCUCCAAAGGAUACAGAUUCGAACAUUGGGAAAAUAUUGACACUUUUGUCUAUUUUAGUCAUAAUAGAUUAACAGUCCCACCAGCUGCCUGGAUUACCCAGGCCCAUAAGCACGGAGUAAAGAUCUUAGGAACUCUCAUUUUCGAAUGGGAUGAUGGUAAAAGAGGUUGCAAGGAAAUGCUUGAUGGCGUUCUAACCUACCAAGGGAAAGUCAUUGAUGAAGACCUUGGAGCAUUAUUUUACGCAGAGAAAUUAUGUGAAAUUGCGAAAUUCUUCAAGUUUGAUGGAUAUUUGAUGAAUUUUGAGUCAGAUAUCCCUCAGGAAUACGUCGAAAAGGCCCUUCAGUUUCUUGAAUACUUAAAAAUGAGGCUAAAAGAUGAGGUUGGAUCCCAUAGCGAGCUUUGAUGGUAUGACUCUGUCAUUACUACAGAUGGAAAAGUUAGAUGGCAGAGCGCCCUUAGAGAAUGAAAUAAAGCUUUCUUUGAUGUCUGCGACACCUUCUUCACAGAUUAUCACUGGAGACCAAACUAUUUAGACGAAUCUCUCCUUCUAGCAGGAGACCGUUCAUAUGAUAUAUACUACGGAAAUGAUAUCUACGGUAGAGGAACUUAUGGAGGAGGUAUUUUCAACACUCAUGUUGCUCUAAAUGAAAUCUGUAAAAGGCCUCUCUCGAUAGCUCUAUUUGCAACAGCAUAUUUCUAUGAAAAUAACUAUGAAUCUUUGGAAAGAUCAGAGGCUCAAUUCUGGAGAGGAAACCAAGUUGUUACCUUCCAACUUCCAAACAAAAGAGAGCAUCUUGAGCUGACUAAACUUGAAGAUGGUUCUUAUACAGGAGUAGGCCAAUGGAAUAACAUUGAAGGAGACCUCAAAAUUGAAGAAGACGAAAAUUUCGGUGAAUACUGUGUUACUUCUCACAUGUGGUGCACUAGAGUCUUUGAACUCCCUCUUGACCCUAUCAAGCAGCAACUCGGGUUAGGAGAGAAUUGUUUAGAAAACCUUGAAAAGCUUGAGUUCGAAGUAAUGAUAAAGGGCACUCCUCCAAAAUGUGAAGAUCUCUAUACCAUCUUUGUCCAAAUUUAUGAUUCUAAUGGAAGAGAGCUUGCAGAUCAUAACUCAAUGAACUCCAAAGCUCAAAAAGUUGCAACUGAGGACUGGGUGUUCCAUAAAGUAGUUCUCACUAAAAAGGAUCUCUUUGGGACGAAUGCAUCAAGAAUUAUCAUUACAGAAAGAGGAAAAGAUGUGGAAUACUGGGCAGGCCACUUUGGAACUAGAUUUGCAAAGGAAAAACUUGCUCUAACUUUCUCUGAGGGAUCAUCAGAGACUGGCUCUACUAGGAAUAUUAAGAAAAUUUUAGGCACCAGGAAAACUCCAAUUCAUUUACCAUUUAGUACUAAUUUUAACAAUUCUAUGGGAGACAGAUUUUACUUCGAAGGAAAGAUUAUCAGAGAUAAGAUGAAGUUCUAUAAUUAUAAUGAUUGUUCAUAUGUUGCGCCAACAGAUCACGGAGUCUUGAAGACCACUGCAAGCCAAGAUUUUGCAUAUUAUGGAACAAGUUGUUUAAAAAUUAAAGGAACUCUGGGACCACAAGAAGAAUGCAAAAUAGUUUUGCAUGAAACAGAUUUUAACAUUCCUGAUGGAGAAAUACUCAUCGAGACUCUAUAUGCCAUCCUAAAAGGGAGAGAAGACUUAGAAAUAUCAGUUUGCAUGCAAGAUUCUUCCCAAGGACACCACUACCUUCCUCUAAUCCAAACAGAAGAAGCAAAGAUUGACAACAAGGAGCUGACAUGGUUCAGCAACAAACAGUCUCUCUCAAUCGACUCCUCAUCCAUCAUAUCUUCACUCUGUCUGCUCUUCAAAAACACCUCGUCUACCAUUACCAAUAUCCUUACAUACAUCGGACAGCUCACAUUAACGCCUCCUUCCUAUACCCCUACUACUGCUAUCACAAAUCUCAGAUACAAAACCACUACACGCCCAAUAACCUCCCCCCUCUUCUCCUACCACAAAGUCGAACUAGAAUGGGACCAUAUCCACACCCCCCACUCAUCAAAAACCACGAAUACAGUCAAAUUUCUCUUAUGGAGAGAGACCCAAUUCCUAGGCGUGACUACACUUACUAAAUUUAUUGAUGAACAGGUCAGAGUGGAGCAUGAAGCGAAGGAUCAGGAGGAAGGACACAGAGGGAAGUUGAAGUAUAGAGUGAGAGUGAAGGUGGUAGUGAUUGGAGAAGCGCUUGAGAAGUCGGAACCUGUGGAGGUAGAGUUGGAGUAGAGGU